CCGAUACAAAACACUCUUUGUCAGAACAGAAUAAGUCCAACCCUAUGCGUGAAAGCGAUAUUUAGAGAGAGAGAGAGAGAAAGAGAGAGUAUCAAGUGUGUCCUAUAAGAAGAGCUCUCCGGGGAUAGAGCUCUUCAGCUACUGCUACUGACCCCAUUUUCUCCCAGUUGACAGAAACAGUUGAGUUUCUGUUCCUGCAAGUUAACAUCAGCAAAAUCCUGAGAAAUCCAUUCAAAGUUGCUUACUCUUUUGCAGCGUUUUUAGCACCGAAGAGAGUUAGUGGUAAAGUAAAGGGUGGAAAAAAUGGCUGUGGCCAGUACGGCUUCUGCGCAGCCACAGUUCAUUGCAAGCACUGGAAACCGAAGCUUCUCUAAUGCACCGCUCAUUGAGGACACAGAUACUGAACAAAUUGUUGUUCCUGAUAAGACAAGCUGGAAAAAUCUCUUUGCCUACAUGGGUCCAGGGUUUCUUGUUUCAAUUGCGUAUAUAGAUCCUGGAAAUUUUGAGACGGAUUUGCAGUCAGGGGCGCAGUACAAGUAUGGGCUACUCUGGAUAAUAUUAGUUGCUUCAUGUGCUGCUCUCGUCAUUCAGUCCCUUGCAGCCAAUCUUGGGGUGGUCACAGGAAAGCAUUUGGCAGAGCACUGUAGAGCGGAAUAUCCUAGAGUAACAAACUUCAUUCUUUGGGUUCUUGCUGAGAUUUCUAUAGUUGCAUGUGACAUUCCUGAAGUGAUUGGAACUGCCUUUGCAUUGAACAUGCUCUUCAACAUACCCAUAUGGAUUGGCGUACUUCUGACAGGACUUAGUACAUUGAUUCUUCUGGCAUUACAGCAAUAUGGGGUUAGGAAACUUGAAUUCUUGAUCGCAUUCCUUGUACUCACAAUUGCUGGAUGCUUCUUUGCUGAGCUUGGCUACGCAAAACCUGACGCUACUGAAGUUUUGGGCGGGCUUUUUGUUCCCCAACUCAAAGGAAAUGGUGCUACUGGUCUUGCAAUUUCUCUUCUUGGUGCUAUGGUUAUGCCGCACAAUCUCUUCCUCCACUCUGCAUUGGUGCUUUCUAGGAAAAUACCACGAUCUGUCCGUGGCAUCAAAGAAGCAUGCAGAUUUUAUAUGAUAGAAAGUGGCUUUGCUCUCAUGGUGGCAUUCCUAAUAAAUGUAUCCGUUAUUUCUGUAAGUGGUGCAGUUUGCAAUUCCCCAGAUUUGAAUGCUGAAGAUAAGAUGAACUGCCAGGACUUGGAUUUGAAUAAAGCCUCCUUUUUACUAAGAAAUGUUUUAGGUAGUUGGAGUUCCAAGCUUUUUGCUGUAGCAUUGCUUGCAUCAGGUCAAAGUUCUACUAUAACAGGAACAUAUGCAGGGCAAUAUGUUAUGCAGGGGUUUCUUGAUUUACGACUGAAGCCAUGGCUUCGAAACUUUUUAACCAGAUGCUUGGCAAUAGUCCCUAGUUUGAUUGUUGCAGUCAUUGGCGGUUCUUCUGGGGCUGGAAAGCUGAUUAUUAUUGCAUCAAUGAUUUUAUCGUUUGAGCUGCCUUUCGCUCUUAUUCCACUUCUUAAGUUCACAAGUUGCAAGACCAAGAUGGGGACACAUGCCAACUCUACUGCGAUUUCAGCUCUCACUUGGAUCAUUGGUUCUCUGCUGAUGGCCAUAAAUGUAUACUACCUGAUGAGUAGAUUUAUCAAGUUGCUUCUUCACAACCACUUCAAAGUUGUGGGCAUUGUCUUUCUUGGAAUGUUAGGAUUCUCUGGUAUGGGAUUGUAUUUGGCUGGAAUCGCGUAUCUGGUGUUCCGUAAAAACAAGGAGGCUACGCAUCUUUUGGCUCUAACAACACCUGAAAGUAGGCAAACGGAAACUGGGCAGCAGGGUACUGGAUCGAUGUAUCAUCUCGAAAGAGAAGACAUUAUGAGCAUGCAGCUGCCUCAGAAGAGGUCUACCGAAGAUAUCGACUGAUGAGUAGUUGCACAAGAUAGAUUAAUAACGCAGUUUUUCUCCGACAUUAGGCACCCUGAAAGGAAAAUAGUUGUCUAUCAAUAACACAGCUUUUAAUUUACUCUUGUCUAUGUGUUUUGACAUAAAUCAAAUAUAAUUUGUAUUUGCCCCAUAAGCUACUUCCACUAAAAAAGAACACAUGUAGCGCUUUACAUACAA